AUGUCUGGAGCCCUAGAAUCGGCCUCCGUGCCCAGCAGUACUGCUGCCGCUGCAGUCUUCAAUAGUAUCAAUGAGACAGCCUCCACGACCUUGGUUUCCGGCUUGCUGCCGUCACCUCGUGAUCUACUAGCCCUACCUUUCCGCGCGCUCAAUCGUGCGGAGACCUUCGCGCUCCACUCAGUCCCUCGGCACAUCGCGCGUCUCACCGGCAUCAAUGGCAUUAACGUGAGCUUUUGGGGUGGAGCAGCGUCAACAGCGGGACGAAACGGACUAGGAAGUGAAGCAGUUGUCGCUGCCGCCGGCGCAGCUGGUGAGGGAGCUGCACAUACUGCGGGAUACGGCGACAGCUGGUUUGUAGCGGAGUUGAUGCAAACCAUGCGGAAGGUUGGCGGAUUCUUCGGAUACUUGACCAGUAUUUGGUCAUUUGCCUGUCUAAUUGAGGCCUUGGUUUUAAACCGGAUAACAAUCUACGCAGCUACGCGACGACAUCUGCGACUGGGUUGGGAAAGGCGGCUUGCAUUGCGCAUCAUUCCGAUCGUUCUAUUCGUCAUUCAAAUCAUGUCACUCCUUCGCGGUAUUCGAUGCCAAACAUCACCGGAUUUCCCUGAAAUGCGAUACGGCAAGCCCAGGAAACCUCUAUCAUUCGAUUAUGCAACUCGGGGAGGCGCCCUUUACUCGAUAAGCUCGCGUUUGAUGUCCUGGGAGUCCGAUGCACAGGCAUGCAGUGCUGUGAACAUGGCACGUGUCCCUGGCAGUUCGGAUAUUCCAUACGGAUCGUUCUCUCUGUUGUGGCCUGUGUUCAUGAUACUGUGCCUCAGCCAUUUUAUUGAAACUCUCAUGUGCGCGUUACAAGGCCGGCCAGUGAUGACCGAGACUGGAAUGUCAAUCUUCGAGCACUCUCUUGCCUUUGCUGAAGCUGAAUCUAUGAUCAGCAAGUCCAUCGGACUUGGACUUUUCGGCCUUGCAAAGAGAAGUCCCUUGACAGAGAAUACAGCGGCGGAAGGUUCGGCAAGCCCUCUGCAGCUCCUGACUCGGUCGCAAGUUUUGGAGCGAAUGAAUGUCACUCCGGAGCUUCUGCUCAUCGUGUUGAUCUCCUGCUGCAAUAGUCUGUCUUCACACCUUCUGGAUGUCUUCGGCAAACAAAGCCGCUAUCGCUUGGCGAAUACCACAUUCUGGGGCCUCUGCUUCAUGUUUGCUAUGGUUUGGGGUCUCGAGAAUGGGCCUCCUGUCAGCUCUGAAACGGGUGUCCUCAAAUUUCCGACUGUCUGCAUUGUCGGCUUCAUUCCUCACCUACUGGUCCUCUUUGGCAUCAUCACCUGUUUUGUCAUCUACGGCUUGGCCUUGGUGAUCACUGCAUUCUCUCUUCCUUUGGGAGAAGGCCAAUCAGCGACAUUUUGGGAAAGACUGGCGCUGGCAAAUGAAAAUAUGCAGGGUUCGAAUCAGAUUCGUGGCAUUCGUGUCAACAGGCACGAGGACUACUACACAACCUUGCUCCGGGUUGGCUAUGUGUCUCUCACAGCUGCGAGCGAGGCGGUCUUCCUCAACGAAGGCAGAGCCGUCAUUGCCAAGCAAAUGACCUGGCUUGAGAGAGAUCGGCUGGAAGAAAUUGAAGCUUCGCGGAGAGAGAAUGCAACUCGUCGGACUCCGCAGAACCAUUUUGACGGUCCUCUCUUUGAUGCCGUGGGCUUUGGAGGCUUUGACCUGCCCGAGCAAAGAACAGAAUGGGAAAGUGGUUAUAAACGUGAAAAGAAAUUUGAGAUGCCGAAGAGCGGAUCUCGACAGGUCCGGCCGCAAGCAGAACUUGGAGGUGUGGGCGCGGUCCGAGCGUCUGUUCGACUGUGGCACUGUCUUUCCUUCUUCCGGGCCAUUGGAUUGCUUGUGCUACGUUGGAUCGCGUACGGAAUGAGUCGGAUUCUUGACCGGCUUGGUAUCAAUGCUCGUCCGCUCUGGCUCAAGCGUUUGUCUAGGGCUAACAGAGCCAAGGCAGCCCCGAAGAGGUCCUCACCGUCAGGACCUGUGGAUUUCUGGGUUCUCACGGAUGACGGAGAGCUUGAACUCCCGGCUGAUCACGAAUUUGAUGUAGAGCUAGAGAUGCAGAAGCAAGAGCAAUCGCGGCCAGGGAUGUGGGAUGCCGCUGACGAGCGUCGCUUGGACGAAAGGCUUUAUAGUUGGUGGAAAACUGGGGGAUCGUGGGGCAACCAGGACCAUACGCCUGAUUACCACCCACCCAUGGAUGACGAUGACACGACCAGUGUGAUUUCCAUGUCCACCUGUGGUUCAGAAUCCGAGUGGGAGGAUGAGGCCUCAGACGGACGUCGAACUCCAACUCAGUCGAACCCAUAUCCUCACUACUCUCGCGAUAGCACUCCAGCUCCAGAGCCAUUGCUGGACAUGAGCACAUUUGCCCGUCUGCUUGACCCUCGGGAUCGCGAAAGUAGGGAAGAGGCUCGUAUUCUCGCCGCACACCUCAACGCCAGUCGAGAACCUGAUCGAAUCAUGACUCGUAGUCAGUACAAGAAACAAGUGGAAAAAGACAAAGCGAGAGUUCUUUUGUCAUCUCGUCUACAUACUCACAUGUCCACAACCACCUCGAACACCGAGAUUCGGAAGCCCUCGACAGAUGAAGAGACAGAGAUUCUGGAGCAAUUGAUCCUCUCACGCCGCGCAGAGACUUCCGCCAGCUCGGAUCCGAAUACCUGGGAAUCAGGAGCAACAGGUCUGGGACCCAAUGGACCCCCUUGUGUCGUUUGUCAGACUAAUCCGCGGUCGAUCAUCACCUGGCCUUGUCGCUGUCUCUGCAUAUGUGAAGAUUGUCGUGUGAGCCUUGCCAUGAAUAAUUUUGGUAGUUGCGUGACCUGUCGACAGGAGGUUGGCGGAUUCAUGCGUCUCUGGGUACCAUGA